GCAGGUGGGGUGUGGCAGAACAGAUCACCCACCAUGACGACCUUGCUGGAGAUCAAGAGCAGUGUGCUCAGGCAAGUGCAGGUGCGCCCGUCCUUCCGCCGGAGGACCGAGGGAGAGCCUGGGAGCACCAGCACUGACCCACAGGAGCCCACCGCGGGGGCUUGGAAACCUGGGGAUGGUGUGGAGUUCUUCGCGCAGAUGCGCCUUAUUCUGAAGAAGGGGGAAGGCAGACAGAGCCUGCCGUGCCCCGAGGUCCUCUUGUGCAGUGGUUCACCAGCCCCUGCUGAGCCUGUGGACCCCAACCGUGGCCUGAGAGCCCUAACCCAGGAGGAGGUGGAGAUGCUCUAUGAGGAAGCCCUGUACACAGUCCUUUACCGUGCAGGGACCAUGGGCCCUGACCAGGUGGAUGACCAGGAGACCCUACUGGGCUACCUGCAGCAGGUGUUUGGUACCAGCCCCGAGGAGCACGCCGAGGCCAUUGAGCGUGUGAAGAAGGCCAAGGCCCCCACGUAUGCCCUGAAAGUCUCUGUCAUGCGUGCCAAGAACCUGCUGGCCAAAGACCCCAAUGGCUUCAGUGACCCAUACUGCAUGCUGGGCAUCCUGCCGGCCUCGGGCGCCCUGCAGGAGCCGGGCCCGCACAAGGAGCAGCGUUUCAGCUUCCGCAAAGGCAGCAAGCGUGGAGGCCCACUGCCGGCCAAGUGCAUCCAGGUCACCGAGGUCAAGAGCAGCACCCUGAACCCUGUCUGGAAGGAGAACUUCCUCUUUGAGAUUGAGGAUGUCAGCACGGACCAGCUGCACCUAGACAUCUGGGACCAUGAUGAUGAUGUGUCUCUGGUGGAAGCGUGUAGGAAGCUGAAUGAAGUCAUCGGCCUGAAGGGCAUGAGCAGGUAUUUCAAACAGAUUGUCAAGUCGGCCCGUGCGAAUGGGACAGCAGGGCCCACGGAGGACCACACAGAUGACUUCCUGGGGUGCCUCAACAUACCCAUCCGGGAGGUGCCCGUGGCCGGUGAAGACCGCUGGUUCAAGCUGGAACCGCGUUCCAGUGCCUCCCGCGUGCAGGGAGACUGCCAGCUGGUCCUCAAGCUAAUCACCACACAGAGGGACACGGGCAUGAGCCAGCGCGGGCGGUCGGGCUUCCUGUCCUACAUGCUGCUGCUCAGCCGUUUGCUGCAGUUCGAGCACCGAUCGCAGGAGCCCAACUCGAGCGGCUGGCGCGGAGAGCUCAGCGGGCCCGCGGCUACCGUGCUCUGCCUGCACGGCGCGCAGAGCAACCUGUCUGCGCUGCAGCUGGCGGUGCUGCACUGGCAGGUCAGCAGCCGCCACCAUCAGACCUGCACUCUGGACUAUGGCUACCUGCUGGGGCUGCUGGAGGACAUGCAGGCCCACUGGGAGGAGGCAUCCUCCCUGCCCCAAGAGCAGGAGGAGAGCCUGGCUGACAGCUUCUGUGCCUUCUUGGAGUUUGGGCUGCAGCUGCUACGGCAGCUCCGAGACUACUUCCCAGCCACCAGCAGCACAGCCGUCCACCGCCUGGAGCUGCUGCUGAAGUGUCUCAGCAAGAUGCAGCUCUUCCAGCCGUCCUUCGAGAUCUGCCCCUUCGAGACAGAGCUGAACAUGGACAUCGCAGCGGCUCUGAAGAGAGGCAACCGUGAGUGGUACGACAGGCUCCUGAACACCAGGAGUCCUCGAGAGCAGCCGGGGCCGCUGCGCCUCGCCGGGCUGGUGGAGCUGGCUGACGCCGUCUACGAGGACCUGCAGUCCUGCUAUGGCAUCUACGCUAGCCUCUUCCACAGCAUCGUCGAGAUCGACUUCUUCACCCUCACUUUCCGGCAGCUGGAACGUCUGGUGGCCGAGGAGGCAUGGGUGCUGACGGAGGAGCUGAGCCCCAAGAUGACCCUUGAGGUGGCCUCGGGGCUCUUCGAGCUGUACCUGACCCUGGCCGACAUCCAGAGCUUCUGGAGCAGCAUCCCCGGACGUGAGAGCCGCUCCCUUGCUCUGGCCGGCAUCCAUGCCCCCUUCCUGCCCGCCGUGAAGCUCUGGCUGCAGGUGCUGCGGGACCAGGCCAGGUGGAGACUUCAGGGAGCCGUGGAUGUGGACACACUGGAGCCCAUGGAUGCCUCCUGCAAGCACAGCAGCUCCGCGGCCACUGCUAGUCUCUGCUUCAGUCUCAUCCAGGAGCUGUGGGCCCGCCUGGCGUGGCCAGACCCUGCCCAGGCCCAGGCGCUGGGCACCCAGCUCAGCCAGGACCUGUGCGAGGCCACCCUCUUCUACACUGAGCUGUUGCGAAAGAAGGUGGACGCUCAGCCCGGGGCUACAGGCGAGGCAGUGAGCGAGCCACUCUGUGUGGUCCUCAACAACGUGGAGCUCCUCCGCAAGGCUGCUGGGCAGGCGCUGCGGGGUCUGGCGUGGCCGGAGGCGACCUCAGCGCUGGAGGGGGCACUCCCGCGGCCUCUGCUCAGCUGUGCGCAGGCCCUGGACGAAGACCUGCAGCAGGAGGUCCACACCGUGACGGCGCACCUGACCUCCAAGAUGGUGGCCGACAUCAGGAAGUACGUACAGCACAUCAGCCUGUCGCCAGACUCCAUCCAGAACGACGAAGCCGUGGCCCCGCUCAUGAAGUACCUGGAUGAGAAGCUGGCCCUGCUGAAUGCAUCGCUGGUUAAGGAGAACCUGAGCAGGGUGCUGGAGGCCCUCUGGGAGCUGCUCCUGCAGGCCAUCCUGCAGGCCCUCAGUGCAAACCUCGAUGUCUCCGCGGAUUUCUACGGCCGCUUCCACUUCACGCUGGAGGCCCUGGUCAACUUUUUCCACGCGGAGGGUCAGGGUCUGCCCCUGGAGAGCCUGAGGGACGGAAGCUACAAGAGACUGGAGGAGGAGCUGCGUCUGCACCAGUGCUCCACCCGCGAGUGCAUCGAGCAGUACUACCUGGACAAGCUCAAGCAGAGGUGCCUGGAGCAGAACCGGUUCGGUCGCCUGAGCGUCCGCUGCCACUAUGAGGCCGCUCAGCAGAGGUUGGCCGUGGAGGUGCUGCAUGCUGCGGACCUGCCCCCACUGGACGCCAACGGCCUGAGCGACCCCUUCGUGAUCGUGGAGCUGGGUCCGCCACACCUCUUCCCGCUGGUCCGCAGCCAGAGGACGCAGGUCAAGAGCCGGACGCUGCACCCCGUGUACGACGAGCUCUUCUACUUCUCCGUGUCGGCAGAGGCGUGCCGCCGCCGCAGCGCCUGCGUGCUCUUCACGGUCAUGGACCACGACUGGCUGUCCACCAACGACUUCGCGGGGGAGGCGGCCCUCGGCCUGGGCAGCAUCGGUGGCAUAGCGCGGCCCCAGGUGGGAGGGAGCGCGAGGGCCAGGCAGCCCGUGACCCUGCACCUGCGCCGGCCCAGAGCCCAGGUGAAGUCAGCGCUGAGGAUGCUGGAAGGCCGCACCAACAAGGAGGCGCAGGAGUUUGUCAAGAGACUCAAGGAGCUGGAGAAGUGCAUGGAGGCGGACCCCUGA